UUCAGGGUCACCGAUUUGGUCGCAACGCGUGUGCGUCACGAUAUUUAGUCCGUGUUCGACUUUUGUUUACAAAAUGGAUGAACUCAAAGUCUGCAACCUGGACUACUUUCCCGAAAACAUUUUAAUCGACGUGCUGUCGUAUCUGAGCGUACGAGAGAUGGUCAGAGCAGGAAGAGUCUGCAAAAGAUGGAGACGUCUGGUUAAAGACCAAAGACUCUGGAGACUUGUGGAUUUGACUGCAUGGAAAGGGGUGACAUCCCGCAUUCUUUGGAUGCUGCUUCGUCAGUACCUGGGCUGUGGGUUAAGGUGCCUCCGCUUGCGUGGCUUACUGCUCUCUGCCCGUGGGGGUGUUUUUCUCUCAGAGCCUUGGCUCAAAGCUUUGACCACAAAAUGCCCUCGCCUGCGUAAGCUGUACCUCCUGCAUACAGACCUGAGAAGCCUUCCUAGCUGCCAGGUCUUCCCUCCAACUUUGCAGGUGUUGGAGCUGCGUGGCUGUGAGCUUCCUCCUGGCUUUUUCAACCAGACAAUACUUACUGGUCCUGCUGGAAGAGCUGAAGCCACAUCCAGUGUUGGAACCAAUCAACAAGGAAAAAAUAUGACUAGAAGAGGUCGUGCUGCUCCAUCAGGUAUUAGUAUUGAGAGACUAAUCCUUAACAGUGUGCCCUCUUUCACAGACAUGCACCUGCAAAGUCUGACAACAUGGGAGCACCUCAGUCGAUUGGAGUUACGUGACACCUUUCGCGUGACUGCUAAUGGGCUCAGGAUCUGUUCCGCCAAGGACAAUGGUUGUGGUUUGGAAGGGCUCUCCAAACUCAAGUUUCUAGAACUUGGCAUCACUGGACGACAGGGCUACCAGUUACAGAUGGCCUCUCUUGGUUUAGGGGCAGGAUGGCUCGGGCUGGAAGAGCUGAGCUUGGGUGGUAAAGAGGUGGGACCGGGACUGCUCUGUGCCAGUCGUCUGAAGGACCUGAAGUGUUUGUGCUUGUGGGCCUGCACACUCCGUGAGAUGCAGGUCAUGCGAGGUUGCCGGAUGCUCCGUGGACUCCGUCGGUUGGAGUUUUUGGAGGUGUGCUUCCAGCCCCGGCAAUGCCCACCAGUGAUGGAAGGGGAGGAAGGUGGCGACCAAGAGCAGCAGAGUGGGGAAGCUGCAGCUGGAGAUGGCAGCAAUGACGAGAACACAAAAGCAGACGUGAAUGAUCCCAUCCCAAGUCUGCGUCGUUCACUGGCUGUGCUGCUGCCCUGCUGCACUGUAGUUUUCACCAACUGCACUGUUCAGAUGAAUUCUGACUAAUUUAUCUUUGUAGCAGCAUAGUCUAACUUCCAAGUGGAUUACACCCAUGAAAUUAAAGUGUUGCACAUGUAUACAAAUUAACAAUACAUUUUUAACUUGCGCUUUUAACCUGGUUGAUGGAGAAAAAACCUGGGGAACUAACACUGCUAGACUGUAAACACAAGCAGGUGUGCAUGCUACGAUGGUGGAGGAUUCUAACGAUUUAACUGUGAGCCACCUGUUUCCUGUUCCUUAAACCCUUCAUAACAACAUAUACAGUGCUGUGCAAAGGUUUUAGGCAUCGUAAAAUUUUAUUUAAAAAUAUAGCAUACCCCAUCCCCUCAUCAGUGAGUGAACAGAAAAUCAAAGUCCAAACAUUCCAUAUCCA